GGGAGGUGGGAGAGACAGAGGGAGAGUGUGCAUACAGCAGCUGUCGGCAUCCCUGUCUCAGGGACUUCUUUGCUGAUUCACAGAGGCAGUCCAGCCCCAGCCUCCCAGCUUCCAGCUACCGCCUGCUUCUCAGACCUGACGGAAUCAGAAGCUUACAUAGUAUUCCAUCGUGUGAGUGGCUAUCAUAAUAGAUUACAUUUGAGUCCUCACUGAAUGCCAGAAACUAUGGAUUAACUGCUUGCAACAAGGCUACAAGGUGCUUAAUGCUCAAAAGUCAGUCUACUGCCCAUCCUCACCCCCCAUGAGCCUUGGUUCUGAUGCAACCUAUGGUCAUGCAGGGAUGCCCUUACACCCUCCCACGAUGUCAUGAAUGGCGGGCUGCUGACAGAUUCCAUCAGAGCAGCAGUCUCCGAAGCACCCAGCCUCAGGUUAGAGCUGCUGUCACUUCCCCUGCACCUUCUCAGGAUGGUGCCAGGGUUCCCUGCCUAAGUCCAAAGCUGUUGAAUGGGUCUGUUGGUGCCGUUGACCCCCUGGAACCAUCAGCCAUGAAUCUGUGUUGGAAUGAAAUAAAAAAGAAGUCUCACAACCUCCGUGCUCGCCUAGAGGCCUUCACAGACCACAGUGGAAAGCUUCAGCUCCCUCUACAAGAAAUUAUUGACUGGCUCAGCCAAAAGGAUGAGGAGUUAUCAGCUCAGCUGCCCCUACAAGGGGAUGUGGCCCUGGUGCAACAGGAGAAGGAAACACAUGCGGCCUUUAUGGAAGAAGUCAAAUCUCGGGGCCCCUAUAUUUACUCUGUGCUGGAGUCAGCUCAGGCCUUCCUGUCCCAGCACCCAUUUGAAGAAUUAGAGGAGCCUCAUUCUGAGAGCAAAGAUACCUCCCCCAGACAACGGAUCCAGAAUCUUAGCCGCUUUGUAUGGAAGCAAGCGACAGUAGCCAGUGAACUAUGGGAAAAACUGACAGCCCGCUGUGUGGACCAACACCGUCAUAUUGAGCGCACUCUAGAGCAGCUGUUGGAGAUCCAAGGGGCAAUGGAGGAAUUAAGCACUACUCUGACACAAGCUGAGGGAGUCCGAGGCACUUGGGAACCUAUUGGGGAUCUCUUCAUUGAUUCACUUCCAGAGCACAUCCAGGCUAUUAAGCUAUUCAAAGAAGAAUUUUCCCCCAUGAAAGAUGGAGUGAAGUUGGUGAAUGAUCUGGCACACCAACUUGCCAUUUCUGAUGUGCACUUGUCAAUGGACAAUUCCCGGGCCCUGGAACAGAUCAACAUCCGGUGGAAACAGCUACAGGUGUCAGUUGGUGAGAGGCUUAAGCAGCUCCAGGAUGCCCAUCGGGACUUUGGACCUGGGUCACAGCACUUCCUCUCUUCCUCUGUCCAGGUUCCCUGGGAAAGAGCAAUUUCACCCAAUAAAGUUCCCUACUACAUCAACCACCAGGCUCAGACCACAUGCUGGGACCAUCCCAAGAUGACUGAGUUAUACCAAACAUUAGCUGAUCUGAACAACAUUAAGUUCUCAGCUUAUCGCACUGCCAUGAAGCUCCGCAGAGUCCAGAAGGCCUUGCGCCUGGAUCUGGUAACUCUAACUACAGCCCUGGAGAUCUUCAAUGAGCAUGAUCUGCAGGCCAGUGAUCAUGUGAUGGAUGUGGUAGAGGUCAUUCAUUGCCUGACUGCCUUAUAUGAACGGCUAGAGGAGGAAAGAGGCAUCCUGGUCAAUGUGCCACUAUGUGUAGACAUGAGCCUCAACUGGCUCCUCAAUGUUUUUGAUAGUGGUCGCAGUGGAAAGAUGCGGGCAUUGUCCUUUAAGACUGGCAUUGCAUGCCUGUGUGGCACAGAAGUGAAAGAAAAGCUUCAGUACCUCUUCAGCCAAGUGGCCAAUUCAGGCAGCCAGUGUGACCAGCGCCACCUCGGUGUCCUGCUUCAUGAGGCCAUUCAGGUGCCCCGUCAGCUGGGUGAAGUGGCAGCAUUUGGGGGCAGCAAUGUGGAGCCCAGUGUCCGUAGUUGCUUCCGUUUUAGCACUGGGAAGCCAGUCAUUGAAGCUUCCCAGUUCCUGGAAUGGGUCAACUUGGAGCCCCAGUCCAUGGUGUGGCUGGCUGUCUUGCAUCGGGUCACCAUUGCUGAGCAAGUAAAGCAUCAGACCAAGUGCUCUAUCUGUAGACAGUGCCCCAUCAAAGGGUUCAGGUACCGGAGUCUGAAACAAUUUAAUGUGGAUAUCUGCCAGACCUGCUUCUUGACUGGCAGGGCCAGCAAAGGCAACAAGCUGCACUACCCCAUCAUGGAAUAUUAUACACCGACAACAUCCAGCGAGAACAUGAGAGAUUUUGCCACAACCUUAAAGAACAAAUUCCGCUCAAAACAUUAUUUCAGCAAACACCCUCAGCGAGGUUAUCUGCCUGUGCAAUCAGUGCUGGAGGCAGAUUGCAGUGAGACGCCGGCUUCUUCCCCAAUGUUGCCACACGCUGACACACACUCUCGCAUUGAGCAUUUUGCUAGCAGACUUGCUGAAAUGGAAAGUCAAAAUUGCUCCUUCUUUAAUGACAGCCUAUCCCCAGAUGACAGCAUAGAUGAGGACCAGUACCUGCUGAGGCAUUCCAGCCCCAUCACAGACCGGGAGCUAGCCUUCGGACAGCAGGCUCCAUGCAGCAUGGCUACAGAAAGCAAGGGGGAGCUAGAGAAGAUCCUAGCCCAUUUAGAAGAUGAGAACCGGAUUCUCCAAGGAGAGCUGAGGCGCUUGAAGUGGCAGCAUGAGGAGGCGACUGAGGCACCCAACCUAGCUGAGGGCUCCACUGAGGCAGCACAGGACCACUGCAAUGAAGAGCUUCUGGCUGAAGCCAGGAUUCUCAGGCAGCACAAGAGCCGCCUAGAGACGCGCAUGCAGAUCCUUGAAGACCACAACAAGCAACUAGAGUCCCAGCUGCAACGCUUGAGGGAACUGCUCCUGCAGCCACCCACUGAAUCAGAAGGCAAUGGCUCUGCAGAUUUGUCUCUAGCUUCAUCUCCACAGCAGUCAGAAAGCAGUCACCCCCCGGAGAAGGGACAGACAACUCCAGAUACUGAGGCUGCAGAUGAUGUGGGGUCAAAGAGCCAAGAUGUCAGCCUGUGCUUGGAGGACAUCAUGGAGAAGCUCCGCCAUGCCUUCCCCAGUGUGCGAAGCUCUGAUGUGACUGCCAGCACCCUGCUGGCCUCUUGAUGGAGCCAGAUCCCCAUUCUAUAGUCCAUAAUUCUUCCUGAUUCUGGUCAAUAUCUUCCCUCAGCCUUCAUCCAACCUUUCCAGUCCCCACUGGCCCCACAUUCCUCAAGCAGAGUUAUUUGGGCUCUGGGCAGCAGCAAGGCUGGUGGUAUGUGAGGUAUGUGUGGUAGGGGAGGGGCCAGGUAAAGAGGAGGCCUGAUUCCUCUAACUCUAGAAAUAUGCCCUUUAAUUCUGAAGUGCAAGACCAGUCCCUUAUGCUACCUUUUGUUGCAGCACAGGCAAAUGGCACUUGGCCAUUCAGAUGGGAAAGAGAAGCUGCUUUGCAGAGCCAAGUAGUGCCCAUUGGCCCCUUUGUCUUCUCCAUGGAAUUAUAGAGAGGGAGAAGCCUAAUGAUCCCAGGGUACCAGCAUUAGGAAUCCACAGGGAUUAACCCUACUCUCUGGC